AUGGACAGUCUUAGUCGCUCUGAGAACUACCACAAGAUAGAGUGUAGUCCUGAUGAAAGGAUUUACAUAGCUCGACAAAAUAUGAGAUAUGGAGGAAGUGCACUCAGUUUUCUUCAAGUGGACGAAAAUCAGCAGACAAGGGACUGUGUAUCUAGUAGUAAGUACAAAGCAAGGUGCCAUGUAAAAGGAAAGAUUAAUGCAUCACGAAUCUUGGAGCAGACCCACGUAGAACUAAGGAUUAGUCAAGGCAGCAACCAGAUAUGCACAGAAUGGAGUGGUGCAUUUCAUUACAAUAAAGAUUUGGCCUGUUCAGAAGGACUAGAUGACAUUUUAAUUGACCUGGAUGUCCGGAAAACCGAUGCAUUAACAAUUUUAUGGAUUGAGAUAAAAGGGGAUUAUUUUCAAAUAGACUGUAGGGAAGAACAUUUUUCUGGCAUGCCUCUACACCCCAACUCUGGCAACACUGAUCAAAAGAUGGAAGAAGAAAGUAUCGUAGGGGGUAGGUUAAAACAGUUUUGUAUGUGCUGGAGUGUAACCAGAUGUAAAUAAAUCUAGAAAAAAAUAAUUAGGGUAAAUAUCUUCAGUUUAAG